GGAAGCCGUUCGCCGCAUCUAGCGCGCGUUCCAGCGUGGAGUCGUCGGAGAGUCGCGCUCGCAUGAAGGAGCGGGAACGCGACCUGCCGUCGAUCCUGCGGGAUAGAGUCAUGGAGCUGCCGGCGGGCGCUCGGGAGAAGGACCGGGAUAAGGCGGGAAGCAGGGAGAGGGAGUCGGGAAACAGGGAGAAGGAGAGGGAUAGAGAUCGGGACCUAGUCGGAAGUAGAGAGAGGGAGAGAGAGCUGCAAGGUCGGGAGAAGGAGCGAGAUCGGGAGAGGGAGCAGGACAGAGAGCUACCCUCCAGGGAGAAGGAACGCGACAGAGACCGAGACAGAGAGCGAGAGCGUGAGCGGGAGCGAGAUCAGGCCAGCAGGGACAAGGAGCGCGACCGAGACCAGAACAACCGCGAACGAGAGAGGGAGCGUGAGUUCUCUUCCAGAGAUAAGGAGCGCGACACGGGGGAUGCAGCGAACAGAGAGAGCUCCGGAUCCAACAGAGAGAGGGAGCGUGAGCAGCUGAGCCGGGACAAGAGCGAGAGCGCGAGAGAGAGUCGAGCAACAGGGAUCGCGAGCGGGACGCGGGCUCCUCUGCGAGGGAGAAGGAGCGCGACAAGGACAGAGACGUCGGUCGAGAGCGAGAAGGCGCGCCGCCGAGAGAGAAGGAGAAGGACAGAGAGACGACGAGCCGAGGAAGGAGAGAGCCGUUAACAAGGAGAAGGAGGUUGCUGUCGGCAGAGACAGGGAUGCUUCCUCGAGCAACAGCAACGACAGAGAGCUGACUCUGGCGGCGGCACGGGAGAAAGACCAGGAACGCGAGAAGGAACCAGCGAAAGAAAGGGUGAAGUGAGGAUGAUCUGCGUGCAAUGAGGCUGC